AUGAAGUUCACCAACGUUGCCGUCGUGGCCCUCGCCGCCGCCGUCCAGGCCGCCCCCGAGCCCAUGCCCACGCCCCAGCCCGACAUCUUCAACGACGCCUCCACCUUCGUCAACGGCAUCGUCUCCGACGCGUCCACGUUUGUCAACGGCGUCGGCUCCUCGGCCGGCAACAUCAUCUCGGACGGCAAGUCCAUCGCCAGCGACAUCGCCACCAAGGGCCAGGGCUGGUGGUCCUCGCACGCCGCCGAGGCCUCGUCCGACAUCCAGCGCCUCACCAGCGAGGCCGGCGCCGCGCGCUCGAGCUGGAACAACUUCCUCUCCACCGCCACCGACGCCGCCGCCCGCAGCAGCGCCAGCGCAGAGCUGAGCCGCAUCUCCCAGACCGUCGCCGCCGCCACCAGCAGCAUCGGCGCCGCCGUCUCCUCCGCCACCAACGCCGCCGGCUCCCAGGCCACCAGCUCCAGCACCGCCGGCGGCGCCCUCGGCCCGGCCCCGACUGCUGCCGUCGCCAUGGGUGCGCUCAUGGGCGGUGCGGCCUUCUUUGCCAACCUGUAA